AGAGCGGUGCUCGCAUUAACAUCUCAGAAGGGAACUGCCCCGAACGGAUCAUCACCCUCGCUGGACCCACCAAUGCCAUCUUCAAAGCUUUUGCGAUGAUCAUUGACAAACUGGAAGAGGACAUCAGCAGCUCCAUGACCAACAGUACAGCUGCCAGCCGGCCCCCGGUCACCCUCCGGCUCGUGGUACCCGCCAGCCAGUGCGGUUCCCUCAUUGGAAAGGGAGGCUGCAAGAUCAAAGAGAUACGAGAGAGCACGGGGGCACAGGUCCAGGUGGCAGGAGACAUGCUGCCCAACUCGACCGAGCGAGCCAUCACCAUCGCUGGGAUCCCACAGUCCAUCAUCGAGUGCGUCAAACAGAUCUGCGUCGUCAUGCUUGAGUCUCCCCCGAAGGGCGUCACCAUCCCGUACCGACCCAAGCCAUCCAGCUCUCCCGUCAUCUUUGCAGGCGGUCAGGACAGGUACAGCAGCGGCAGUGCGAGCUACCCCCACACCGCCCCAUCCAUGUGCCUCAACUCUGACUUGGAGGGACCACCUCAGGAGGCCUAUACCAUUCAAGGACAGUAUGCCAUUCCACAGCCAGAUCUGACCAAGCUGCACCAGUUGGCAAUGCAACAGUCACACUUUCCAAUGUCUCAUGGCAACACUGGAUUCAGUGGCAUUGAAUCCAGCUCUCCAGAGGUGAAAGGCUAUUGGGCAGGUUUGGAUGCCUCCGCUCAAACCACCUCUCACGAACUCACCAUUCCAAAUGAUUUGAUUGGCUGCAUCAUCGGGCGUCAGGGCGCCAAAAUCAAUGAGAUCCGCCAGAUGUCUGGGGCGCAGAUCAAAAUUGCCAAUCCAGUGGAAGGAUCUACUGACAGGCAGGUUACCAUAACUGGAUCUGCAGCGAGCAUUAGCUUGGCCCAGUAUCUAAUUAAUGUCAGUUUAGAAAGCGCUAAACCCUCCUCCCAGGCAGCCUCCGUCACGAUCCCUGACCACCUCAGCAUCAACCUCUCUCAACCCUCCACCCCUUCUUCUUCUUCCUCCUCCACCACCACCCCCUCGCUCGCCACAGCGGGGGCCUCCGAAGCACCCGCCAGCCUCCCCAACCCUCUUCCGACCGCCCCUUGUGUCUCCAGUCUGCUUGGCAUGAAACCUGUCCCUCUCCUGGCUCUAAAUGUUGUGUCUGCUGCUAAGGGUACCUCCGCUCCAGCUGUGCCAUGUGUCACUAACAAACUGAAAGCGGAAAAGCAGAGAUUUUCUCCUUACUGAGUCUGCUUGUGGCCUUAGAGGACCAGCAGAUCGGUGGCAGCAUGGAGACCCCGUAGAGGAGACUUGGAAGAGCAAUUUUUUUUUUCUCUUUUUCAUUGUUUUCUUGGUUUGUUUGGGUUUUGGUGGUUUGUUUUUUUCCUCCUCCUCCUUUACACUCCAACGUGAGCUUGUGAUGUUUCUUAGAACGGAGUUUUCUUGCCGGCUGAGAGAUGAUUUUCCCCGCGUCCCAGCCCGGCCUGGAGUCUCUAGCGAUCUGUUCGAUUUCCUUCUCGAUCCUG